CGUUCUGAUCAGCGGUUUUAGUUUAAACAUCUCAUCUCAAGUUAGUUCAGGUCGAGAGAUACCAGGAAUCAUAUCUUUUCUAUUAACUCAGCCUAACGUUAUUAGGAAGUCCUCGUUUGAUAGCCGAAAAGAUCCACUUUGUGAGUGAAUGGAGCAGUCUCUGGUUAAAGACAACCCCCUGCUUUUACCUGUCAACGCACAGAGAACCGUCUAUGACGGAUUCAUUACUGUGCAGGAAAGAGACUUCCGACUGAGAAUACAACUCCCGCCAGAUCAGCAGCUCAAGAGGGCCAAGCUCCACUGCUGCUGGCAGCUGAAGCACUUGUUGCGUGGAUACGAGCACAUCGUGAAGCAGAGGCUGCAGCAGUCCAGCGAUCUGUCCGGCUUCCUGGUGGAGCUGAAGACGGUGCUGGAAGUAGGUCUGAAGAGGCGUCCUGAGUGCCGCUCCAUGCCACCUCCUCAGUAUUACUCCCAGCUCAUCUCGGAGAUGGAGACCCUUGGGUGGGACAAGAUGCUCGGCAUAGACGUGGAGUUUCAGACGCUGAAGCUGAAGGCGGAGGACUCUUCAGGACGCCAGCACAUCCUGUCUGUGAAACUCAAGUCGAAGCAUCCCAUGGAGGCUCCUGAAUGCUCAGCUGACCUGCCCCUCCCUCUGGCCGUCACCUGGACCCCACAGAGCACUCUGCAGCAGCUGUACGGUCAGUUCCUGCUGGUCCUCCGGUCCCUGACAGAGUUCUGGGACGUCCUGGACGAGGUGGACGGCAGGACCUGGGUCCUGGAGCCGGAGAAGCCCAGCCGCUCCGACACCAUGAGGCGCAUCGCCAUCGGAAACAACGUCUCCAUCAAGGUGGAGCUGAACCCCAGACACCCCCGGAUGCUGCCGGAGUGCUGCCUGCUGGGAGCAGAGCACGUGGUGACGCCGCUGAGGGACAAGCUGAACGCCAACAUGCAUCUGUGGAACCCGGACGCCGGCGUCAUGCACAACCUCCAGGACGUGUUGGAGAUCCAGUUCCCGUCUCCCGCCACCCACGACAAAUCUAGCUUCAACCUGGACUGUGGCAUCUGCUACGCGUAUCGGCUGGAGAGCGCCGUCCCGGACCAGGUGUGCAACGACCCGCGCUGCGGCCAGCCUUUCCACCAGGCCUGCCUGUACGAGUGGCUGCGAGCUCUUCCCUCCAGCCGGCAGAGCUUCAACCUGGUGUUUGGAGAGUGUCCCUACUGCAGUAAGCCGAUCACGGUGAAGAUGAACGCUCCGCGGUCCUGAGGACCUGAGGACCUGACGGCCGCAGCAGACGCAGGAGAAAGUCAGCGGAAUGGGUUUGGAUGAACUGUGGUGAACUGCAGCCAGACGGCGGCGCAGAUGAUGAUGAUGAAGACGCAGGGACAGAUGAGGCAGACGAGGCAGGACGUCCACCCUGAGUGAGUGGCAGCAGCUGGUGGUCCCCGGUCGUCUCCCGGUCCUGCUCCGGGACGGCCGUCCUCCUCCCAUCCCUCCUUGCAGCUGCGCCGUGUUGCUGGUUUACUGGUGCGUGGGCGGAGCUGUGGGCGGAGCUGUGGGUGGAGCCGGGGGUCCCGCCGCGCUGACAUCACGUCCUCCGUGUCCCCGCGGCUCCUGUUGGACUGAGGGGAGUUCAGCUGUGGCUCUACACUGCAAAACUCAAAAUCUUA